AUGUCCUCCCUCCGCAACGCAGUCCAGCGCCGCAACCACCGCGAACGCGCGCAACCCACCGAACGCACGAAAUGGGGCCUGCUCGAAAAACGCAAAGACUACAAACUCCGCGCCGCAGACCAUAAAUCCAAACAACGGAAAAUCUCCGCCCUCAAGCAGAAGGCCUCCGAGCGGAAUGAGGAUGAGUUCUACUUUGGGAUGGUGAAUGCUUCUACCUCUGGCGGGAUCAGGCGGAGUCGGCGCGGGGAGGAGAAUAGCGCGGGCGGAGGGAAGGCGUUGGAUGUGGAUGUUGUGAGGUUGAUGAAGACGCAGGAUGCGGGGUAUUUGAGGACGAUGUUGCAGAGGACGAGGUUGGAGAGGGAGAGGGUGGGGAGGGCCGUUGUUUUGGGAGAGAAGGGGGUGGAGGUGCAAGCUCCCGCUGCCGCGAAGGGGAAGGUGGUUUUCGGAGAGGACGGGGAGGAGAUGCAGACCGCGCGGCCUAGUGGUGGGCAUGAGGUGGAGGACGAGGGAAUUUUCGAUAUGGAGAUGAGUUUUCUGGAUGAGGAGGACGGGGCUGAUGGAGUGGAAGAAGAGAGUGAGGGUGAGGAGUUGACACCGGAGGAGCGAGCUGCGAAGCGGAAGAAGAGGCAUGCGCUGAUUGUCAAGAGGCGAAAGUUCGAGGCGCUAGAAGAGCAGGAGUCGAAGCUUAGUGCUGCGUUGGAUGGGCUUGAACACCAGCGAGCGAAGAUGGCCGGUACAGUGGGCAGCGUGAACAAGAAUGGCGUCAAGUUCAAGGUGAGGCAGCGCAAGCGAUGA